AUGAUAAGCAUUGAUACUAUCUUUUAUUGUGUCAUUCUUCCAUGUUUGAAAUAUCCAUGCCUUUUGAUUUUACCAUGCCAAUGGAUUCCAGUAUGGAUCAAAGUUGCUUCCGUGAUAUAUAGCAUAACAUUUUAUCUAUUCAAUGCAUUCAAUAAGAUAUACAAAUUUAAAUGUACCAAGGAAUGGAAGAAUUUAAGAGAUAUUACUGGAAACGUGGUAGUAAUUUCUGGAGGCAGCGGAGGAUUAGGUUAUUCGCUUAUAAAAACUCUGCUCGAAAGAUUUCCUUCCGUUACGAUAAUUAAUAUUGAUAAAAUCCCUUCUACCAUUAAAGAUGAACGAUUAAUGUAUUAUAGAUGCGACUUGUCAAAUUCCCUUGAUGUACAAGAAACAGUCCAAACGAUCAAAGAACAAUUUGAAAAUAGAAUUAACCUAAUAGUGAAUAAUGCUGGUACUCGACUCGCAUUCAAACCAAUAAACAAACUAAAUGAGGACGAAAUAAAACGCAUCUUUCAAGUUAAUUGUUUUGCUGCAAUAGAGGUUAUCAAACAGUUAACACCUAAUGAAAAUGAUGAACGCCAAUGUUUUGUUGUUACCAUUGCCAGUGUGCUAGGUAUAUUAAAUCCUUGUAAAGUUGCAGCAUACGCAGCAUCAAAAGCUGCUUUAAUAUCUUUCCAUCAAUCAUACGAGCAAGAGUUAAGAGUACAUCAUGUCGAUAACAUCAGGACGUUGCUAGUCAUACCAGGACAACUCAACACAAAGAUGUUUGGAGGAUUUGAACCUCCUAGACAAUUUUGGGCUCCGACUAUCGAUGUCGAGAGUCUAGCCAAAUAUAUUACAUAUAAAUGUGAGAUUGGCGAAAGAGGCACAAUACAGCAGCCAUUGUAUGCCAAUUUUGCACAUAUUCUAAUGUCUAUGCCAUAUGUUAUUCAAGUAUGGGUUAGAAAAUUCGCCCAAAUUGAUGAUUGUCUGCCUGAUGAAUAG